CUACCAGCCGGUUCCACGCCCCAAUAUCCGUCCCAUGACAGACCCCACGCCAAGCAGUUGGCAGAUAGCCCCGCGGCCUAACCGUGCCUGAUGUACAUUCCGCUUGCGCAACCACCACAAGACCAACCAGCCGCCUUCCCCGGCGGCAACACAGCAUCGCUGGUAUCACCAGCGGUCCACAACGUCACACCCUAUCACCACGCCCCUGCCGUGCCGCCGCCGCCGGCAUCCGUGUCACCACCGCAAGCACCCCAGCACUCUCACGACCCGCCACCAUGGCAGCCGCAGCCCCUCAUCGCCAGCCCGCAGCAGCAGCAGCAGCAGCAGCAACAAGCUACUGCCCGGUCCUCUCCCAACUACCGGCCCAACAACAUCAAGCGCGCCGCGGCGGCGGCGGACGGCGACGCCAACAACCCCGCUCCCACCGCACCACCGUCUGCUCCGCCACCGCCAUCAAUGCACGACCAGAACACCGUGAUCGCCGUCGUCGUCAGCGUGCUGCUGGCCCUCUUCCUCGCGGGCGUCGCAUACUUCCUCUGGCGGUACUACCCGUCCCUUCGGCUGCGGCGCCGGCGCCGGCGCAGGGGCAGCAGGGUUGGCAGUGGCAUUGGCAGUGGCAGUAGUAGUUGGGGCAGUAGCGGUGGUGGUGGCAGUGGCGGUGGGAGUGGUGGUGGUAGUGUCAAAAGGACUCGCCCGGCAAGGACGCGGGGAAGGACGCGGGGAAGAACGCGGAGGGGGACGCGGACGUCGGGGAGGACCAGAACGGGGACGGGUGGUGCGAACGGGGCGAGUGCGAGUACCAGUGCGAGCAGUAGUAGUAGCGAGGGAGGGGGCGCGAGUGGUGCAGCAGGUGGUGGUGGGGGCGGUGAUACCGGUGGUGGAGGCGGGUAGGUUGGGUGUGUGUUGAGAUUGGGCUUUGACCGGGGAG